GCCGAGAGGACGCCAUGUGCUUUUGAGGCAGAGGGACUGCUGAAGGAGGCCUGGCUGUGACCAAUUUGGCUCGUUUUUUAGACGGAUACCGGGAUAAACCCAGUUAACGUUAGCAUGUACUGCACCAGACACUGCCUCCGGACCGCGCUGCGGGCUGCAGCGGACACACACAGGCAGCAGCUUCAGCGGCAGGCGCCCGCCCUGUGUGCUCUCAGGCUUCUGAAGACCAGUCCAGCCACCCACUCAGAUGCCAUCGCCACCCCUCCACUAGACGGAGCGCCCAAACAGUAUUCCCCCAAAAUCCAACAGCUCGUCAAUGACAUAGCCAGCCUCACUUUAUUAGAGGUGUCGGACCUCAACGAGCUCCUCAAGAAAACUCUGAACAUUCAGGACGUUGGGAUGAUGUCGAUGGCUGCAACAGCUGUUCCCGUGGCUCAGGCUGCAGAAGAGGAGGAGGUGCCCGUUAAGAAAGAAAAGACUCACUUCACAGUCAAACUGACAGAGUUAAAAGCAGCUGAAAAAGUGAAACUUAUAAAGGAAGUGAAGAACUGCAUCCCAGGCUUGAAUUUGGUCCAGUCUAAGAAACUAGUGGAGUCUCUUCCUCAGGAAAUCAGGGCCAAUGUAUCCAAAGAAGAGGCAGAGAAACUGAAAGCAGCCCUGGAGGCAGCAGGCGGCACCGUAGUGUUGGAGUAGAUCUGUGCGCUCCGGCCCACCUGUUGCAGCUCAUGCACUUCAUCAUUCAUCCUAUAAUUAUUAUUUUUUACACGACAAAGAGGAGAAUCCGGGAGAAAAGGAAAGGAAUGCCUUCUGACAUUAAUACCGUCUCUUAACAGCGUCAGGUGUGGCGGUACAACUCAGACUGAACUUUCCAGGCACACAGCCUGCACAAAUGGCUGCCUCGCUGUUUCCUCGUCCAUUUGUCUGCUCAUGUGUCUGUCUGAUACUCGUGUAGCAGAUAAGCUGCAGAAACACUGGCCUGGGUGCCAAGUAAGUGAGUUGGUCAUUCUGUGUGUGUAUGUUAAACUUUUCACAGAGGAAAGAUUAUGCAGUAGGGACAAGGUUACCAUCCCUAUGUUGAAGAACACCAGAUACUGUGUCUAGUUCGGGGGAUGACGGUGCUGAGUCCCUCAUGUUGCUUAUAGAAUUGUUGAUAAUGUGAUUAAAGUUGAAACAUCCAAAAAUUCCCCUUCUCUUAUGUGUCUUUGAAAAAUCUGUCCAAUCAGAUUGAAAAUCUCUAUGCUGUAACUGAAGAAGUAGAGUAGGUAGCAUCCUGCUGUACUGCUGCUCACCACUAGAGGUCAUAAGGUCUCUGUUAAUCAUCUCAAACAACAUGAGAGUUGUGUGAACCACAUUUUGUGCCUGUGCAAACUUACAAACCCUCUGAAAAAUACACACUUGAUGGCUGCAAAUUAAGCUCCAAUUGUACUUUUGUAUCAGUGUUUGACCAUGUGGUCUUUUUUCCAACUAUCUGAUAAGGCCUGAAAUAUACAAACAGCUGAUGAGUAUCAUUAACAGGUUCAUUAUAAAUAAUCGGCCCCUCUCACGGCCGACCUGUCAUAGUCGGAAAAGCGCAGGUGUUAGCAUGCACCAGAAUCCUGAAACUGAAGCAGCUAAGUGGUUUAUGUUGACUUACUGAGAAGUGAACAUUUUUCCAACAUGCUCUUUAACAGGUGGUAACUUUCCAUGUCAUAGUAAAUUUUUAUUGAUGCAGGCAUGUCAAACUGACUCCAUAAUGGGCCGUGUGGCUGCAGGUUG